AUGGCCGCCAGGAGCGUGCUUUCCCUGCUACUAUGUUCGGCGGCCCUUCUCUGGGGCGUCAGAGCGGCGAACGUUACAACGGCUCUUGGGGAAACGAACCGGCGGAGCUUGGUGGCCGGGAAAGUCAUACAUCACGUGACAUUUGAGUCGAAUCAAGAGUCACGUAGUAGAACUGAUACAAGGGGCGAGUGUCGCUUAUCGAUAUUGCUAAAGGAACGAUCGACGUUAAGGCUAUUACGAUCGGAGGAAAGCGCUUUGCCUACGUCGCGACCCUCGCCGUCGCCCUUGCUUUCUCCGCCCACCGCCCUCGCCCCGCCCGUCGCCCUCGCCGCCUCGCCGCCCGUCGACCUCGGUCCCCUCACCCAUCGCUCACGCUUCCCCCGCCCGUCGCUCUCGCUUUCCCCGCCUACUACCCUCGCGUCGCCUUCCCUUCCGCCCGCCUUCCCUUCCGCCCGCCGUCCUUCUUUUCCCUCGUCGCGCUCCCUUCCCCCCCGUUGCCUUCCCUUCCGCCCGCCGCCCUUCUUUUCCCUCGUCGCGCUCCCUUCCCCCCGUUGCCUUCCCUUCCGCCCGCCGCCCUUCUUUUCCCUCGUCGCGCUCCCUUCCCCCCGUUGCCUUCCCUUCCGCCCGCCGCCCUUCUUUUCCCUCGUCGCGCUCCCUUCCCCCCGUUGCCCCCCGUCGUCUCGUCGCCCUCUCUGCCGCUCGUCGCCCUCCCUCCCGCUCGUCCCCUCGCAAUCCCCGUCUCUCUCUCCCCCCGUCGCCCUCUCUUUCCCCGUCGCCCUCCCAUCCACUCCUCGUUGUCCUCGCCAUCCCUCCCUUCUCCCUUCUCAUCUCGCACACUUGUCACGCCCCCUUCCCCACCCGCACAUGCACCCUUCCCAUUCCCGAAAAAUCGCCUUUCACUCCCUCACUGCAUACAUAUCUCCCUUUUCCCCCCAUCAAUCGCCCUGCUCCCCACCGUCCUCCCCCCAGCUCUUUCCCCGGCAUCUUCCUCGCUCCCCACCUCGUCUUCCCUCCUUCCCCCCAUCCCCUUCCCUGCUUUCCCCCCAUCCCCUUCCCUGCUUCCCCCCGUCCCAUCCCCUGCUUCCCCGCAUCCCCUGGGCUGCUUCCCUCCGUCACUUCCCCUGCUUCCCCCCGUCCCCUCCGCUGCCUCCCCCCAUUUCCUUCCCUGGUUCCCCCCAUCCCCUUCCGUGCUUCCCCCCAUCCCCUUCCGUGCUUCCCCCCAUCCCCUUCCCUGCUUUCCCCCAUCCCCUUCCCUGCUUCCUCCCGUCCCCUCCCCUGCUUCCCCCCAUCCCCUGGCCUGCUUCCCCUCAUAAUCUCCCUCUCCAGGUGUCCUUCCCCUCCCUAUCGCUGGCUGUCCGCCCUGUCACUCAUAUUUCCCCGGCUCGACACCCUCGCUCGUUGGGAAAAUGCCCGUCGCAAGUGCAGGCGCUGCGCGUCGGCCGGCCUUAUUCAAUCUGUUCCGCCCACCCUCUCCCCACCCGCACUCUCUCUCUCUCCUUCCUCCCGCACUCUCUCUCUCUCCUUCCUCCUGCACUCUCUCCCCCCGUCCUCUCGCACUCUCACUCUCCUUCCCACCACCCUCUGCCCUGUUCCCACCUAGGAACCCCCAUCCCUGCCUUUUCCUCCCACCCUCCUUCCCCCACUCUCCUUCCUCCUGCACUCUCUCCCUCCCUCCUCUCGCACUCACACUCUCCUGCACCCUCUGCCCUGUUCCGAAGUGCCCUCCCCAUCCCUGCCUUUUCCUCCCUGCUCCGCCCUUCCCUCCCCCAGCCGUUCUCAACCCUUCCCUUCCUUUUCGUGCCCUGCCCUUCCACCUCCUCACCUUCCGCCCUCUAA